AACGAAUUCAAGAGAGGUCAUUACAUGUCGCGAGUCGUUCAGUGAUGACUUCUUCACACAGCUCAUCUUCUAGCAGUUUGAACACUCUUAGGCAAAAUUUUAAUCCUGAAGGAGAACAGUUUUCCUAUUCCUCUCAACAUGCUGCUUUCAACGCUUAUCCACUGGAAUGCUCACCACAUUUUCUGAACCCCACCAACGAAGUGAUAUAUAUGCCUUUAAAUCCCACAAACAUACCUCUGUCACUGCAACCGACAUGUGUUUCUAAUGAGAAGCCGAGUGAUUGUGCUCAGAGCUACAGUCAGCCUAUCUGCCAUGGAUUUAUUUUUCCGAAUUCAGUAACGGGCCCAGAUGAUGCGACUGGAGAUCUGACAAAUAUUCCAAGUGCUCAGAUUCCACCAGAGAAUUCUUCUUACGACAUGCCAGAUCACCUUUUGAGUGAAAGUCUUGGUGAUACAGACCAUAAUGCUCAAAGGCAGUUGCAACUCUUACUACUUCAGAAAUUGAUUGAGCUACAGCUUACCGAGUACUAUAAUUCUCUAAAAGUCCCUUUUGCACUUCAAAGUGAAUCAAAUUUUCACCCUCAAAACCCAGAAAGUCUUCCAUGUAUUAUCGAAAGUCAAGAAUUAGAUGAUCAUUUUGGCCAAAACUGGGCUGUAAACAAUGAACACUCGGAUAUGUCAACAUUUCUAGUACCUGUUGAGGCUAAGUUCGAAGGAGAAAGUGCUCUUUCCCUGCACAUAACACCUAGAGACGAUAACAACUCCAGUGGCCAAGGAAGCCCAGUUACUAUGGAAUGUCCCAGUCAACCACUUGUUUUGUACCCGUUUACAGUUCAGCAUGAUACAUCACCAGAAGACACAUCAUCAGCGAAUCAGUCGAUUCUCGAUACGUGCACGACUGCCCCAGCUGCUCAGACAUUGACUAUGAAGGAUAUACAUCAAUGCGUACAAAAAGGUUCAUUUGAAUUCUCUUCUGAUUCAGGAAAAGAUAUAGUUGAGAGUAUACGAGGUCAUACGAGACCUGGAUUUGUGUUGCUGAGUGUUCGGCAUGAAAAGAUAAAAGAGGGGAAAAAAGCUUCAGCAGAUUCCAAACCCGGCUUCAAGAAGAUUCGUUCUUCGCCCAAUCUGGGACACCCAAGUCCCGGUGCAAAAGCAUCGAAUGAUUCUGCGUCGAAGAAGUCGUCUAGAAAGCGAUUAAAGUAUGCAAAAAGUGAAGCAGAACUCAAAAGACGUUCUUUUAAAAUUUCACCCAAGCCUACUGUGAAGAAAUUGAGGAAUGACGGGGUGACACAGUGUUCAGUGGAACUAACGGAAGAUGAUAUUAAAGGUCUGUCGCCUCAGUCAAGGUUCAGAGUAACUAGAUUUGCAGAUAAAAAGCAAGCUUGGGUUGCCCGCUUAAAAGAAGGUUGCUUUGUUGUACAUGACCUUUGGACAACUAAGCUUCCAGAAUAUGUGUCAAAAUGUGCUGAGCACUUGAAGCAGUCAGGUUCUGAUUUCUUUAUGCAUGGAGACAAAUAUUAUCACCUGCCUUAUCCUCUGAAUGAUAUUAUAAAUGGAAAAUGUGUAGCUUGCCAGAAACCAUAUCCUAAUGCUUACAGUUGUUGUACGGAUUCAAAAUUCGUUCGGUGAAAGCCAUCUACAUUCAUCUAGACAAAACCAAUGAUCAUGAUAACCAUUCUUCUGAACAUUCUUUAAUGUUCAAUAUUAUGAUGUCUUCCGCGAUACAAUCAAUUGAUGGAGCGUCUUUACAUCGCUUUUUUGAGAGAGACAAAUAAACUUAAGAACAUUUUGACUCAAACAUACUUUUGAAAAUAGAGCAAUCGUGAAGAUUCAACAUCGUGUAGGCAUUUCCUCAAUAAAUGUUUUCCCAGUUUAGUUCAGUUAUCAAGAAAUUGUGUUCACAUUUUUUUCCUAUAAUUUUUUUAUUUCAUUUUUACUCUGUUCUCAUGUCACUGAUUUACAUAAAUACUUUCAACUUCCAAGCUGACAGAAAUGCGGUUAAACACAUAUUCCUAGUCAUUCAGUUGAACAGAUAUAUAUCUUCAGAAAGAAUUUAUGUAAACGUACCAAUAGUGAUCAUGUUAAUCAUGUAGUUUCACACAAAUAUUUUUUACUAUACCAGAAUUACUUUUCUUACCUUUGAUUUCAUAUAUGCUUGAUCGUUUUCCUGUAUAGUUUCCUUCGAGAGUGAACUUUGGAUAAUAAAUUUUCAUAGAAAGCA